GAGCGAGGAUCGUUCAAACUCCCGUUUUUGCUCUUGCUAUUUCGACUCGUUACAUGGCCGUCGAGUAUUGGACGCCGCAACUUGACAGCAAGGCGGCGUAAGUUGCGCGCACAAGCCCGGGUGGGCCUGGUACGCAAUGGGCGCGCCCGAGGUGGUGAGAGCGUACAGCUGAAUGACCAAAGUUCUGUGGCCGUCCUUGCCUCAAAUCUUGGAGCACGGAGUCGAUGGUGGGAAUCUUCGAGCGAGCUCGUCUUCCACGAGACACGAUAGGGUUCACAGUCAGUCGAACCUCUCGGCGGCCCACGUUGUACUCAACCGCGCCGCGAGCACAAAUCGCUCCGCAUCGACACGUCACGCACAAGAACCAUGAAGCUCAAAGCCAGCUUGCUUACACCUCCUGUUGCAACGCGUGGCGCGGGAUCUGCCGAGCUCGAUACCACAGCACAGCGUGGGUGUACUGCUCCUGUUCAUAGCGGUGUUAGCGUCGCCCUCGUCCUUUUUGCAGGUGACAUCGCCACUUGUCGUAGCCCAUGCGGCCUUACAACCGUCGACUGCCCCUUCAACAUUGAACCGGACUCCGAUAGCGUCGUCUGCGCCACCGUCGGCGCCCUAGGCCGUCACGUUAUCGGACAUGAACGUGCUGAAGCCGCUGUCGGCCGUCUAUGACGUGGCUGCACUGAGCCAUAAAUGGUGUCUGCACAUCGCGACGGUUAUUUUGAAGCGAUGCUUCUCGAGGCCAAAGAGAUAGCGAGAUUUAUUAUCCUUGACCUUAUGAUCGUAGUACUUGCCACAACGCAAAAGUUUGAUAUGAUUAGAAGAUAUCAGCUACAAUGAUUAUCACAGA